AUGCCCGCGCGGCGCCGGGCGCGCCGCUUGUGGUCACGUGUCCCCCGGGGCCGGCGCGAGGAGACGCGAUUGGCUGAGCCCGCGGUUCCGGCCGCCCGCCGCCAGGGGGCGCUCGAGGGGAAGCGCGGCCCCUCUCUCCUGGGCGCGGCGGCGCCUGCGCAGCGGGGCGGCAGUGGCCGGGCGCACGCGGCGGCGCGAGCGGGGCCAGCGCGGGAGUGCGGGGCGCGAGCGCAGCGCGGGACCCCCCCGGGCCGCAGCCAGGUACCGCCGCGCGCCCCGCCGCGCACUCUGCCGCGCGCUCCGCCUCCUCCCGGGCGGCGCGCGGGGCCCGCGGCACCGGCACCGCUCGGGGCCGGGCCCGGCCUGACGGCACCGGCACCGCGCCCGCAGCGCCCCGGGCCUCCCGCCGGCGCCGCGCCGGAGACGGGCUUUGCCGGGCCCCCUCUCCGGCGUGGCGGCGGUCAUGGGGCAGCGCCCGUACCGGCGGUGGUCGGGCCGGCUCCGUUUCCGCCAGUUGCAGCAGACGUGCGGCCGCGAGGGCCUCGGUCGAGGCGUGUCCAGCCUCUGGAAAAGAUGAAUUCCAGCUCCGGCGCGCUGGCCUCUGGAGCAGGUCUUGCAGGAUUACUUGAACGUCUUGUGCUGAGUUUAAAAGUCAUCUGGAGUCUGCUUCUCCUCAGUACUACAGAAGCUUCCAUCUGCCUCUUCUUUUCUUAGCCUCACAUGUUGUUUUAUUAUAUACAUACAAAAUCCUUCAUAAGCACUGCAGGCUUCUCUCCUAUGUCCUCCUGCGCUUCCAGUCCGAUUGAUGGUCCUUGAGAGUCCCUUCCAACUCAGAAUAUUCUGUGAAUCUGUGAAAAUGUUACACACUCCCAGGAAUUUAGAUGCAUGUGAGGUGUGCAGUGGCACCUUUCCACCACUUGAAGAAGCCUUUCCAGUGUGCUGUGUAUAGGCAGUAUGACAGCUGAAGAGGGUAAUGAAGUUUGGGUAGCAAAGCCUUUUCUACCUUAAUGCAAAAAAAUAGCAUUUUAAGAAAUGGUUGUGAUAAUGUUAUUUGAAAUACAAGUUAAUUUAUUAUUUAAUUAUUAUUAAAACCUAAGCACGACCUUAUCCUAAUUGCUGAUUUUUCUGCCACUGUUCCUCUAUCCUCCCCAGUUCUUGCUAGUUUAUGGCCAUGUUUGUAGAAGGCAGUGAUGUAUUGUGGAAUUAAAUCUUUGGUUUUUCUGCU